CAGGACCAGAACUUUCCCUAGCAGACCUUGAGGCUUUUCAUCUCUACCACUCACCCAUAUGCCUGAUGCAGGGUGGCCAAGCCCCCAUGGAGGCUGGGUAUGUGGAGGAUGGCCCAGGACCCAGGACCUUCAGAGCAGAGCUGGGAGACUCACCGCAGAGGCCUGAUGCCCAGCAACGACCCUUCUCUUGGACAGGACGCUGGUGUUCCACGCGGUGUGGCUGUGUGGUGCUGGGAGCGCUGGGGCUGUUGGCUGGUGUGAGUGUCGGCUCAUGGCUUCUAGGGCUCUAUCUGUGGCCAGCUGCCUCUCAGCCCACUCCCGGGACCUUGCAGGAGGAGGAGAUGACUUUGAGCUGUUCAGAGGCCCCUGGAGAGGAAGCCCUGCUCCCCUCGCUUCCCAGAACAGUCUCUUUCAGAAUAAACACUGAGGACUUCUUGCUGGAAGUACAAGUGAGGGCCCGGCCAGGCUGGCUCCUGGCCUGCCACGAGGGCUGGAGCUCUGCCCUGGGGGUGCGGAUCUGCCGGAGCCUUGGGCAUCUCAGACUCACUCACCACAAAGGAGUGAACCUAUCUGAUAUCAAGCUCAACAGCUCCCAGGAGUUUGCUCAGCUUUCUCCUAGACUGGGAGGCCUCCUGGAGGAGAGGUGGCAGCCCAGGGACAACUGUACUUCUGGCCAAAUCAUUUCACUCAAGUGCUCUGAGUGUGGGGCAAGGCCUCUGGCUUCCCGGAUAGUUGGUGGGCAGGCCGUGGCUCCUGGGCGCUGGCCCUGGCAGGCCAGUGUGGCCCUGGGCUCCCGGCACACGUGCGGGGGCUCGGUGCUGGCACCGCACUGGGUGGUGACCGCUGCGCACUGCAUGCACAGUUUCAGGCUAUCCCGCCUGUCCAGCUGGCGGGUCCACACAGGGCUGGUCAGCCACAGCGUGGUCAGGCCACACCAGGGGGCUGUGGUGGAGAAGAUCAUCCCCCACCCUCUCUACAGCGCCCAGAGUCAUGACUACGAUGUGGCCCUCCUGCGGCUCCGGACUCCGCUCACUUUCUCAGACACUGUGGGUGCUGUGUGCCUGCCGGCUGAGGAGCAAGAUUUUCCGAGGGGCUCGCAGUGCUGGGUGUCUGGCUGGGGCCACACCGACCCCAGCCACACCCACAGCUCGGACACGCUGCAGGACACGGUGGUGCCACUGCUUAGCACCCAGCUCUGCAACAGCUCUUGCAUGUACAGUGGGGCUCUCACCCCCCGCAUGCUAUGUGCCGGCUACCUGGACGGGAGGGCUGAUGCCUGCCAGGGGGAUAGUGGGGGCCCCCUCGUGUGCCCAGACGGAGGCAUGUGGCGCCUUGUGGGGGUGGUCAGCUGGGGCCGAGGCUGCGCAGAGCCCAAGCACCCCGGCGUCUACGCCAACGUUGCUGAGUUUUUGGACUGGAUCCACGACACGGCACGGAUGGAGGAGGAGCAGCAGACCCCGACACAGAAGGCAUGGAUUUCCCAACACUGCACUGGAGACAGUUACCACCCACCGGCCAGCGUCCGUCUGGGCUCUACAGCCUCCCCCUUGGUCCCUGAUUUCUGGAGUCUCUAUCUCACCAGAGAGCUCUGA